CUCCUUCCCUCACUCCCUGCGCCGACCGCCUGUGAUCUUCAGAGAGCCGGGGGGACCAUGAGGAACACAUAGAUGUCAGACGCCGGUGGACAAGAAGAACUGGGGGUUUUCUAUAUAUAGUAUUUUUUUCUUUUUGUCUCAAUUGUUGGCAAAGAUGUUUUCCUGUCCCAAUGUCAUCAUCACCUUCUAAUUCACCACAAAGAAGCUGUAAAGUUGGAAUCUUAACUUCCAAGCGGAACCUCCAAAACAAACGGAACACUUUGGAGAUGAAUGAAAAUCUGAACACGCAAUAUGAGGGCUUUAACAGCAACGGACAGCAAGGUCAAGAGCGGGCCACCUCCACAUUUGAACUGAAACACGACGUAAUGAUUAACACGGGAUCCCCCCGGCCGGGCAUCAAUCUAGACCCCCGAAUGUCCAUCUACAGCACCAGGAGACCUUUGCUUUCAAGGACCCAUCUACAAGGCAGAGUUUAUAACUUUUUAGAAAGGCCAACGGGAUGGAAGUGUUUUGUGUAUCACUUUACAGUAUUUCUUAUAGUGCUGAUAUGCCUUAUUUUCAGUGUGCUUUCUACAAUAAAGCAGUAUUCCAAUUUGGCCACAGAAACCUUAUUUUGGAUGGAAAUUGUUCUGGUGGUAUUUUUUGGAGCAGAAUAUGUUGUACGAUUGUGGUCUGCAGGUUGCCGAAGCAAAUAUGUUGGGGUUUGGGGAAGGUUUCGCUUUGCUAGGAAACCCAUUUCUGUUAUAGAUUUAAUAGUAGUUGUAGCCUCUAUCAUAGUCCUUUGCGUGGGAUCAAAUGGACAAGUAUUUGCAACAUCAGCAAUUAGAGGGAUCCGAUUUCUGCAGAUCCUACGUAUGUUACAUGUUGAUCGGCAAGGUGGUACAUGGAGAUUGCUUGGAUCGGUUGUCUUUAUACAUAGACAGGAACUAAUAACCACACUGUACAUUGGAUUCCUGGGCUUAAUCUUUUCUUCAUAUUUUGUAUACCUUGCUGAAAAGGAUGCUGUUGACGGUUCAGGAGAAUACCAGUUUGGUAGCUAUGCGGACGCCCUGUGGUGGGGAGUAGUUACCGUUACAACCAUCGGUUAUGGAGACAAAGUUCCUCAGACGUGGAUUGGGAAAACCAUAGCCUCUUGUUUCUCCGUCUUUGCAAUCUCUUUCUUUGCAUUGCCAGCGGGUAUCCUUGGCUCUGGUUUUGCCUUAAAAGUACAGCAAAAGCAGCGUCAGAAGCACUUUAACCGCCAGAUUCCAGCUGCAGCAUCUCUCAUACAGACAGCAUGGAGGUGUUAUGCUGCAGAAAACCCAGACUCUGUAACAUGGAAAAUGUACAUCAGGAAGCCCUCACGGAGCCAACAAAUCAUGUCACCUAGCCCCAAACCCAAGAAAAUAGUAAUGGUUAAAAGGAAGAAAAUGCGCACAGAAAAAGAGGAGGGCUCCACAGAAAAAAUGUUAAACAUUCCUCAUAUUACAUACGAUCAUGUGGCAGACGAUCGAAAAAAUGACUACUCAGUGGAAGCCUAUGAGAAUACAGUAACAAAAAAGAGCUUUGGGCUGCUGGAUACCGGCACUGGACCUUUCAUCAGAACAAGCAGUUUUGCAGAUGAUGUAGACAUGGAAGCAGACACUUUACUGACCCCAAUAACUCAUAUCUCUCAGCUACGGGAACACCAUCGAGCAGCAAUAAAAGUCAUCCGUAGAAUGCAGUACUUUGUGGCCAAGAAAAAAUUUCAGCAAGCCAGGAAACCCUAUGAUGUACGGGACGUCAUUGAACAGUACUCACAAGGUCAUCUUAAUCUGAUGGUCAGGAUCAAGGAGCUACAGAGAAGGCUUGACCAGUCAUUGGGGAAGCCCUCAUUGUUUCUCUCUGUGUCAGAUAAAGUGAAAGAUCGCGGUACUAAUACUAUUGGAUCAAGAUUAAACCGUGUAGAAGAUAAGGUAACCCAGAUGGACCAUAAACUGAAUCUCAUAUCUGACAUGCUUCAGCAUCUCGUUUCCAACCAACAGGGAGGUCAACCAACAAGCCGAUCACCUCACAGAAGCAAUUCCCUAAAUAAUGCAAAUAACCUGUCAAGCAGCACCCUUCCCACCUAUGAGCAGUUAACUGUGCCAAGAGGAGCCCAGGAUAAUAAUUCUUGACAAACAGGUGGAGGAGCAGAUUGACAAUGGUUACCAUAUAAACUGGUUUACUGCUGUACUCCAUGCAGGAAUUCGUUAUUUUAAUAAACGCAUUUUAAAUGCAAAGGAUCAAAUGAAUGAUAUAAUUAGACUGACUCGCUGCUAUC